AUGGCUAAUGCUGGUCCUAACACGAAUGGGUCUCAGUUCUUCAUAACAACCACUACAACCCCAUGGCUAGAUAGAAAACAUGUUGUAUUUGGUUCAGUAGUGGAAGGAAUGGAUGUUGUGCGUAAAAUGGAAAACCUUGGCUCAAAAAGUGGUAGACCUUCUAAAAAGGUUGUUAUCCAUGAGUGUGGCAUAUUGGAAAUGUCAAUGCAAGAAAACCAAGAAGGUUAUAAGGAAUAA